UUUAUUGUAAUAUAUUUAUUAUUCUAUAUUAUGAAGUGGUAUACUUAAAAGUACGACUUAAAGGCACGCAAAGGAUAUAAUGUCUGUUAGCUAAACCGAGUAUGAAGUUCUCGUUUCAAGCUCUUCAACUUUGUGUUGAAUGUGUUCUAAUUGCUACUUCCUCGGUCGCCGAAUUUCCACCGAAAUUCGUGGAGGAUCCUUCAUCUGUUUUGCCGUCUGGUCAUUUGAAACAGUUUGGCUACCAUCGUCUUCCUGAGGGACCUGUCGCGGAGGAAAGUGGUUUCUUACAUCCAAACAUCUUCUGGCAGAAAUAUGUCAGCAUUCAUAAACCGAUGGUGUUUAGACAAGCGGUUGCAGACAGCCCAGCAAUUGUGAAAUGGAAUGAUGCUUAUCUGGCUUCGGUGUAUGGCGACUUAGACUUGCUUUUGGAAGUGAAAAGAGAGAAUCGAACGAAAGCGCCCGGUAGGACAAACGUAAAGUCGUUCUUGGAGAGGUACAAGGAAGAAGAUAUAUACGCAGUGACCUUAUUGCCCGAUCCGAUGAGAUCUGAAGUUCAGGUUCCAACCUGCCUGCUCUGCGGGACAUUCAGAGAUUUCAUGCACGAGACAAACUUCUGGAUGAGCUCAGGAGGAACUAGGUCUGUCAUCCAUUAUGAUGCUGAUGAGAAUCUUCAUUGCAUUAUAAAUGGGAGUAAAGAUUUCAUGAUGAUGGAAAACAAGUUUAAGAAGUUCUUACCAAUGUUUCGAAAGAAACAAUUCACUGGAUCAGGCUUCUCGUCCUUGGACCCAGAUUCUGUGGACUUAGUGAAGUAUCCUGAUGUUGUUAAAGUUCAGUGGACCUAUGCUACACUUUAUCCAGGCGAUUGCAUUUACAUACCAUCAGAAUAUUUACACCAAGUACGUUCAUACAAUCGAACUAUCUCCGCUACGAUGCUGUUUACAGCAGACACAGAAAAAUCUUUUCAUGACACGGGGUGUGAAGACACAACUUUUGACUAUACGCCCCUGAGUGAUAUAGACGUUCACUGGACUUAUCAGAAAGGAGACAGGACCAUUGACAUGGGUUACAUUAAUUUGGAAAUCGUAAGGAAAAAUUUGAUGGACAUUAUUGACGAAACGGACAAGGGGCAAUUUACAGCUGAUGAUUUUGCGUAUUUUUAUGACAUGGUGGUUGAGGGAAGAAAGAAAAAGGUAUCUGAUGAGGCAAAAGAAUUGUUUAGCAGAGUAUUCGAAGUGGAUGGGAACACCGCGAUAAACGAAGAGGUAAUUCGGCAACUUCCAAGGGAAAAUUUGAAGAUUCUCGCUCGAAGCAUAGACAAACCACAUGGGCCUGUACUCAAAGAGAAUGGAAGCAGUGAAGAUGAGGAGGAUGAUGAAGAGGAUGAUGAAGAGGAUGAAGAAGAGGAUGAACAGGAUGAAGAGGAUGAGGAUGAUGAUUUCAACGCCAAUAUAAGUCAUGAUAAAGACGAAUUAUAAUACAUCUUGCUGAUCAAAAUUGGUUCCAUUUUGGAUUUUUCAUUGAAUUGAAUUAUUAGUUUUUGUAGUUCGUCUGAGCAGACGAUCCUUUCUUAGGAAGCUUGCUGAUAUAGAUCGAGAAAUUUAACUAGUUUUGUAUCGAUAUUUUUUUUACGAUAGUCAAUCUGUACGCUUUUGCUUAUUUAAUGUCUUGAUA